AGUUUUACCGACUCGUCUUACAUUACAUUACAUUCGUUAUCCAUUUUAUUCCACUGAAAAUCAUUGCGGAGUGAUAGAGAGCAAGCUUCACUUGGAAAUCUUCUGAAGAGACACGGAGUUUGCGUGGCUGAGAACUCGGCAUUGACUCAGUGAUGGUUCGAUGCAAUUUCGUGAAUUGUAGCUCAGUGACGAUUUCUCUUGCUAUGACUUUCAGGUUUGUGCUAGAUUGAGAUAAAUUUGCUCUGACUAUGGGUGUAUCUGGGAGGUGGAUUAAAGCAUUGGUUGGUCUAAAGAAAUCAGAAAAGCCAGCCUCUUCAGAGAAGGGUGGAAAUAAGGUUGGCAAGUUUCAUCAUCAGAGAAGGCAUGUUGUUGAACUUGAUAAUGGUAAACAUCCAACUGAAUUGGAGAAUGAUGCUACUCCACCUAUUGGAGAUGACAACGGCCAUGCAAACCUUGACACCCAUGAUUCAUCUUGUUCUUCACAACAAGCACACGAUGCUUCAGAUAAUCAACAAAUGAGAGAAGAAUGGGCUGCAAUAUGCAUUCAAACAGCAUUUCGAGGAUUUCUGGCCAGAAGAGCACUACGGGCUUUGAAAGGUGUGGUAAGGCUUCAGGCUCUGGUGAGAGGCCAUGCAGUGAGAAAACAAGCUGCAAUAACACUCCGUUGUAUGCAAGCUUUGGUGAGGGUCCAAGCCCGUGUUCGGGCAAGGCGUGUUUGCAUGUCAUUGGAAACUCAAUCAACACAACAGAAACUUCAGCAAAACCUUGCAAAUGAAGCUCGAGUUCGAGAAAUAGAAGAAGGAUGGUGUGAUAGUGUAGGAUCUGUUGAAGAAAUUCAGGCUAAAAUAUUGAAGAGACAGGAGGCUGCAGCAAAACGUGAGAGAGCCAUGGCAUAUGCUCUAUCUCAUCAGUGGCAGGCAGGAUCAAGACAGCAGACUGUUUCCUCUGGAUUUGAACCAGAUAAAAAUAGCUGGGGUUGGAAUUGGUUGGAAAGAUGGAUGGCUGUCCGUCCAUGGGAGAAUCGCUUCGUUGACAUUAAUAUGAAGGAUGGAGUAACGGUACAUGAAAAUGGAGCUAAGGAUGAUAUAAAUGGAACCACACCUCAGUUGGGCUCUGCUAACAGGAAACCGUCCUCAUCAAACACUCAUCUAAACCCGACAAGUCAGGGAAUGGGUCCCACUAUUUCUGAUGGCUGUGAUUCUUCACCUAGUAGGUCUGCAGGUUUGCUAGAGUCAUCAAACACACAGCCUGUUAAGCCAACUUCUAAGGCAAAUGGCGAAAAUACUGUUGAAGAAGUUAACUCAAAACCUAGAAAUGGGUCAAGAUCUCAAAGUAAUCCAAAGGAGAGAACAUCACAGGCAGAUAAGCAGGGCAAAAAACGAUUAUCUCUGCCUAACAAUGGGGGUGGUGCUGGAUCUCAAACAGUCAGACACCCUAUUAGCACCAAUGUGAAAGGGACGCUAAGCACGCAAAAGUCUAGUAGAGAUAAACCUAAGCUCAAUGGAAGAAGGGAUGCGAAUACAAAAUCAGUUCCAUAGUUCAAUGGAAGAAAUGAUGUGAACAUAAACACACGGAUAUAUAGUUUGGAGAAUCUCAAAUAAGGGAAAUCACUAUAUUCUCCAUUGAUAUAUGGCCAUUUGUUGUUCCUUGCAUAUAAUGUGAAGCGGUGAGGGCUUUGUACUUGGUUCAUCCACGAAGAUGGUGAUGUGGUUUUACAGUUUUGAGAUUGGCUUGGGUUGUGAUGGGAAUAAGAUUUGUCUGGUUGAUACAAGUUUGUUUUAUUUAUGCAUUAUUUGUUGUGGUCUCUGGUCAGAAUGUCAAUUAUGUGAUAACGUGAUGUAUUUAUAUCCAAAUGUACACCUUUCAGUGUGCGAUUGCCUCCCGAGGCAUUGUAUUGUGUUGCCAGCUGUUCUUUAGUGAGUAUACUUUUCCUACACAUACACACUUCUGCGUAGAUUUGAUUAUUUGAUCAUAAUUGGUUAUGCCUUAUUUUC